AUGGAAAAUGCAAAGUUGAUUGACACUCCAAUGCCUACAAGUGGUAACUUAGAAUGGAAUGAAAAUGUUAAGGGUAUUGAUGUGAAGAAGUAUAGAGGUAUGAUUCGUUCUCUUCUCUAUCUCACUGCAUCUAGGUCGAAUAUCAUGUUUAGCAAGUGUAUGUGUGCUCGUUAUCAAUCAUCUCCUAAAGAAUCUCAUUUGAAAGCCGUAAAACGUAUUCUUAAGUAUCUUCAUGGUACUUCUAAGUAUGCGUUUUGGUAUUCUAAGGGAAGAAAUUGUAAUUUGGUUGGUUAUAUCGAUUUCGAUUUUUACGGUUCCAAAUCAGAUAGGAAGAGUACUAGUGGAACUUGCCACAUCUUUUCAAAUUCCUUAGUAAGUUGGCAUAGUAAGAAACAGGUUUUUGUUGCUUUGUCAACUGUCGAGGAGGAAUACCUAGCGGUCGGUAGUUGUUGUACUCAAAUUUUGUUGCUUAAACAAUAA